CACACAAACUAUCUCUUUUCAUCUUCUCUGUUCUCUUAAUUUUCACCUUAUCUUCGAAGGAGACCAUAGAGUUAGAGACUCCAACUUAUAGCUACUAAUACGCUGCGUAACACUAACUUUGCACCUUCGAUGACAGAUAGGUUAGUGAGCCAAAUUUUCUGGUUUUCAUUUUCAAACCAAAACAAGUAGGUACGAAGGAAAUAAAUAUCAGACACCAUUUGGAGACUGAGUCCAUGCGGGGAGCAACAAGUGAUGAGGCCGGGACCCUUGUUUCCCUUCAACUCUUUCUCUCUCUCUUGGAAAUUUAUUUCACUAAACACUUUAUGUCAUUUUGAUCAUUACCACUUUCACAUCCCUCCGUCUCUCUCUCUUCUCCUUCUUCCUCUCUCAUAUCAACACCUUUGAGCACACCAGUUUUCAUGUCUAAGAUGAAGUUCAUGAAAAUAGGGACAAAGCCUGACACUUUCUACACUCAAGAUGCUUCAAGGAUUUUGAUAACAGACACACCCAACGAUCUCGUUGUUAGAAUCAACAACACCACUUAUCAUCUCCACAGAUCUUCUCUUGUUCCAAAAUGUGGGCUGUUGCCAAGGCUUUUCACUGAUUCAGAGGAGUCAGAUAGUGUUACCAUAGAGCUGAAUGACAUUUAUGUGGGAGCAUCUCUCACAACAAAGACUGAGUUGAUUAGAAAAGCUGGUCUGCAACUCGACGAGGCAACUGUUGAAGACCUCUUGUUGCGUUCACACUCAUCCUCUCAUCACCGUCGCUAUGAUACCGACUUGGUUGCUACAGUUCUUGAGAGUUUUUUUAUGCUCUGGAGAAGACAGUCUUCUGCGCAUCUUUCUAGUAACAACAGUCAAUUGGUGCAUUCAAUCAGGAAGGUGGCAAAGCUUAUUGAUUCCUAUCUUCAGGCAGUGGCACAAGAUGUCCAUACGUCAGUUUCCAAAUUCGUGUCUCUUGCUGAGGCAGUGCCUGAAAUUGCACGUGAGAGCCAUGACAGACUUUACAAAGCGAUCAACAUAUAUCUCAAGGUGCAUCCCGAGAUAAGCAAAGAAGAGAAGAAACAACUAUGCCGAAGUCUUGACUGCCAUAAAUUGUCUGCAGAGGUACGUGCACACGCUGUGAAAAAUGAGAGGUUGCCAUUAAGAACGGUUGUCCAAGCCCUCUUCUUCGACCAAGAGAGCAGUUCUAAAGGAGCAUCAAGUCGAUUAGAGAGCCAAGAACUCUUCUCAAGAGGUAAAGAGACGUCCACGGAUAUGCACAAGCUUCACCUAGGUCAAGCGGAAACAGCUUCUAUAGGGAAAGCUAAGAAUAUACUUGAGGGAGCCAAAAGAGGAGAAGAGAAAAUUAGAUCCAGUACAGACCCCAAGAAGAUAGUGCGGAAAGAAACAAGAUCAGAGCAUAAGCAUCAUAUAAGUAGAGACAGGUAGUGGACUAAACGUCUUAGGCCACAAAAACCGAGUGUCUUCUUUGCAUUCACCAGACAUCUGAUGAUGAUUGUAGAACCCAGUGGCAUAAUCUAGUAUUAAUACAGUGCAGAGCUCAAGCUCCUGCUCAACCAUUAUCGUGUAGCUUGUAUCUUAAGAAAUCAAUUAUUAUGCAAUAUGGAAUUAUACGUAGUAGAGUGUGUUCCUA